UACUGUCAGUUCAGGUGAUGCCCACCCAGUGGAUGGUCCAGAUGAUGCUGAUGCUUCAGUCGUGAGCCACACUUGGAGGAACAAGCAUCUAGAGAGGCCCUUUCCAUGAUAUCCUACUUGUUCUGUCUUGACCUCAGAGUUCUCUGAUCUUCCUGAAAACUUUUUGUCCCAAUACCUUCCCUCCCUGCAGCUGUUAGACAUCUCAGUGCUAAGAAGACUGGAAACAUUAGAGGCAGCAAUUUCACUCAGAGAUAUAUUUCCAAGAGAAAUGAAAACUAGGUCCAUGUACACAUUUGUGCAUAAUAGCUAAAAAGUGGAAACAACGAACCAAAUGUCCAUCAGCUGUAAAGUGGAGAAGUAUGAUAUAUCCAUACAGUGGAGUGAAGCUCUGGCACAGGCUACAAUGCAGAUGCAACUUGAAAACAUUCUGCUAAGUGAAAGAAGCCAGUCACAAAAGGGUGCGAAGUACCACAUUAUUAUCGUCUCCCUGUGAGUGGGAUUGGCACCCCAGCAGCACCUCCUGGCACAAGUGCUCCAGGAAACACAGACUAGUGCCGGUUGACAGCCUGCUUUACCAGGCCCCAGGCAUGGAGGAGUUGAUAUGGGAACAGUACACUGUGACCCUACAGAAGGAUUCCAAGAGAGGAUUUGGAAUUGCAGUGUCCGGAGGCAGAGACAACCCACACUUUGAAAAUGGGGAGACAUCAAUCGUCAUUUCUGACGUGCUCCCGGGUGGGCCCGCCGACGGGCUGCUUCAAGAAAAUGACAGGGUGGUCAUGGUUAACGGCACCCCCAUGGAAGACGUGCUCCAUUCAUUUGCUGUUCAGCAGCUGAGGAAAAGUGGGAAGAUCGCUGCCAUUGUGGUCAAGAGGCCCCGGAAGGUCCAGCUGGCCCCGCCGCAGGGCAGCCCUCCCGUCCACGGGCAUGACCGGGCUUUCGAGCUGCUGGACGAGUUUGAUGGCAGAAGCGCGCGCAGCGGGUACAGCGAGAGGAGCCGGCCCAGCAGCCGCGGAGGGCGCAGCCGCAGCUGGGAGGACAGCCCAGAGAGGGGUCGUCCCCACGACCGGGCGCACAGCCGGGAGCGGGACCGGAGCCGCGGCCGGAGCCUGGAGCGGGGCCUGGACCACGACGACAGCUACUACGUGCGAGCCCGAGAGCGCAGCCGUGGCCGCAGCCUCGAGCGGGGCCUGGACCACGACGACGAUGACUACCGGCGAGCCCGGCAGAGCAGCCGCGGCCGGAGCAUUGACCCGACCUACGAUCGCGCCUACAGCCCGGAGGGGGAGUAUGGUCGCAGGGCCCAGCCCGAUGCCCGGUACGGGGCGUCCCAGAGCCACAGCCGCGAGCACCUCCACUCCCGCAGCCCCAGCCCAGAGCCACAGGGGCGGCUGGACUCGGACAGGCCCAUCGGGGUCCUUCUGAUGAAAAGCAAAGCCAAUGAAGAGUAUGGUCUCCGGCUCGGGAGUCAGAUCUUCAUAAAGGAAAUGACCGGAACAGGUCUAGCAUCUAAAGAUGGCAACCUGCAUGAAGGAGACAUAAUUCUCAAGAUAAAUGGAACCGUAACUGAGAACAUGUCUUUAACGGAUGCUCGAAAACUGAUAGAAAAGUCAAGAGGAAAACUCCAGCUCGUGGUGUUGAGGGACAGCAAGCAGACGCUCAUCAACAUCCCCUCAUUAAAUGACAGCGACUCAGAAAUAGAAGAUAUCUCAGAAAUAGAAUCAAACCGAUCAUUUUCUCCGGAGGAGAGACGACAGCAGUAUUCCGAUUAUGAUUAUCAUUCCUCGAAUGAAAAGCUGAAGGAAAGACCAAAUUCAAGAGAGGACACGCAUAGCAGAUGGUCCAGGAUGGGCGCCACACCCGCUCCCUUUAAGUCCACUGGGGAUAUUGCAGCUGCAGUGAGCACAGAGCCCAGCAAGGAACCCGCAUACCAAGAGGAAGCCCCAGCUCCUCCACCAAAACCAGCCCCAAGAACUGUUCUUCGUCCGAGUCCUGAAGAUUUAGCAAUAUAUGGCCCCAGUACCAAAAUGGUGAGGUUCAAGAAGGGAGACAACGUGGGCCUCCGGUUGGCCGGUGGCAAUGAUGUCGGGAUAUUUGUGGCCGGCAUUCAAGAGGGUACCUCAGCGGAGCAAGAAGGUCUUCAAGAAGGGGACCAGAUUCUGAAGGUGAACACACAGGAUUUCAGAGGGCUCGUUCGGGAGGAUGCCGUUCUCUACCUGUUAGAAAUCCCCAAAGGCGAAAUGGUGACCAUUUUAGCCCAGAGCCGAGCUGAUGUGUAUAGAGACAUACUGGCUUGUGGCAGAGGGGAUUCGUUUUUUAUAAGAAGCCACUUUGAAUGUGAGAAAGAAACUCCACAGAGCCUGGCCUUCACCAGAGGGGAGGUCUUCCGUGUGGUAGAUACGCUGUAUGAUGGGAAACUGGGCCACUGGCUGGCCGUGAGGAUCGGAAAUGAAUUGGAGAAAGGCUUAAUCCCCAACAAAAGCAGAGCAGAACAAAUGGCCAGCGUUCAGACUGCGCAGAGAGACAGCACUGGGGACAGGGCAGACUUCUGGAGGAUGCGCGGCCAGAGAUCGGGCAUAAAGAAGAACCUACGGAAGAGUCGGGAAGACCUGACGGCCGCUGUGUCAGUCAGCACCAAGUUCCCGGCUUACGAGAGGGUUUUGCUUCGAGAAGCUGGUUUCAAGAGACCUGUGGUCUUAUUUGGCCCCAUAGCAGAUAUAGCCCUGGAGACGUUGGCAAAUGAGUUGCCUGACCUGUUCCAAACUGCUAAAACAGAACCAAGAGACGCAGGAUCUGAGAAAUCCAGCGGGGUGGUGCGGUUAAACACUGUGAGGCAAAUUAUUGAACAGGAAAAGCAUGCGCUCCUGGAUGUGACUCCUAAAGCCGUGGACCUGUUGAAUUAUACUCAGUGGUUCCCGAUUGUGAUUUUUUUCAACCCAGACUCUAGACAAGGUGUCAAAACCAUGAGACAGAGGUUGAAUCCAUCAUCCAACAAAAGUUCUCGGAAGCUAUUCGACCAAGCCAACAAGCUUAAAAAAACUUGUGCACAUCUUUUCACAGCUACAAUCAACCUAAAUUCAGCCAACAAUAGCUGGUUUGGCAGCCUGAAGGACACGAUUCAGCAUCAGCAAGGAGAAGCAGUUUGGGUCUCCGAAGGAAAGAUGGAAGGGAUGGAUGAUGACCCCGAAGACCGCAUGUCCUACUUAACCGCCAUGGGCGCGGACUAUCUGAGUUGCGACAGCCGCCUCAUCAGUGACUUUGAAGACACCGACGGCGAAGGAGGUGCCUACACUGACAAUGAGCUGGAUGAGCCGGCUGAGGAGCCGCUGGUGUCUGCCAUCACCCGCUCCUCGGAGCCGGUGCAGCACGAGGAGAGCAUAAGGAAACGUAGCCCAGAGCCACGAGCUCAGAUGAGGAGGGCUGCUAGCAGAGAUCAACUUAGGGACAAUAGCCCGCCCCCGGCAUUCAAGCCAGAGCCGCCCAAGGUCAAAACCCAAAACAAAGAAGAAUCCAUUGACUUCUCUAGAUCCUAUGAAUACAAGUCAAACCCCUCAGCUGUUGCCGGUGAUGAAAUUCCUGGGACAUCUACCAAAGGAUGUCCACCUCCUAUUGCAGCAAAACCCACCUUUGGACGGCCUAUACUGAAGCCGUCCGCUCCCGUCCCUCCCCCAGAGAGUGAGGAGGUGGGAGAGGGCAGUGAGGAGCAGGACAGCGCCCCCAAGUCUGUCCUGGGCAAAGUAAAAAUAUUUGAGAAGAUGGAUCACAAGGCGAGAUUACAGAGAAUGCAAGAGCUCCAAGAAGCGCAGAAUGCAAGGAUUGAAAUUGCUCAAAAGCAUCCUGAUAUCUAUGCAGUUCCAAUCAAAACACACAAGCCGGAGCCCGGCCCGCCCCAGUACACAAGUUCCAGGCCCCCCGAGCCGCAGAAAGGUCCUGCCAGACUUUAUCAGGAUCCCAAAGGAGGUUAUGGCAGUGACGCCGAGGAGGAAGAAUACCGGCAGCAGCUGUCGGAACACUCAAAACGCAGUUAUUACGGCCAGCAUUCCCAAUACCGGGACACGGAAUUAUAGAUGCCCGAGGAUUGACUCUGGUGCACCCCGCUGCCGCCCCCUCAGAGCAGCAUUCCCACCAACCAUGGGAGGAUGGUUCUUUGCAGUUUUGAUGCACUGUGGAGAUGUAGGGGCACUUCCUGGGGAGCCCAGGGGACUGAGUCUGGGGAGCUUAUGGCUUUUGGCUCAGAAUUCAGAGAAACACUACCGUCUGAUACUGUUACCUGCUUCAGUGGACCAAAAUCUGUAUUAAUUCUGUUUGCAUAUUUUUAACAUAGAUAUUAAGAAAUGAUAACUAUUUUUCCUCAUUAAUAGCUGCCUUCCAGGACCGUUUCAAUGAGAGACAGAAUGUGAAAAAAAUAAAUAAAAAUACUGUCUGACUCAAACUGAAUUCAAAGAAGUAUUUUAUUACAACUAUGUAAGUGCCUUUGAUGAGAAGUGUCUUAAAUUUUCCUCUUUUGAAGCUUUAUGCAAAGCCAUAAUGGACUAAAACAUUUUGACUAAAUUUUUAUACCAGUUUAAGAGCUAUGGUUUUCUCUGCACUGUGUCAUCUUUUCAAGACAUUUGUCUUUGUAAUAUUUUCCAUAAAUUCUGACUGUAUAUAUAAUAGCUAUACUUGGUAGUUUGGCUACCAGUGCUAAAUAGCUUGAAGACCAAGAAGUAUUUUGUCUCUCUGUUUAAAACCACGUGUUCCACGAAAGCAGAUACUUGAGAAAAACACAUUCCCAAAAGUGUGUGUAUUGACUGCAGUCAGUUUUAUAAUUUAAUAAAAAGGAAGACAUUGUAAUCAA